AUGACUACAUUCAAUCUGGACAAAACUGCAAAUGACUGCCAAGAGAACCACUCGGGUUCCGUUCGGGCACAGCCAUCACAAACCUCACCCCAGAUUCGAGCCAACACUGUGCACUUUGACGACCAAAAUGACACUUGCUCGACACGCACGCCGGUUCCCACACCCGAGCAUGCUCCAAAUACCACAGUAUAUGAAGGUUACAAGUUCUUUAAAGCUGAUCCUAUACCGGGCCAGAAGGCGACAUGGACUCGGGUGGAGCGCACCAAGAUGCAUCUGGACCAAAGCGAGUUUUACAAGAUGGUGCAGAAACGAGCAAACAAGGUUUCAGCAGCACGGCAGUAUCAAAAUCUAUCUGACACUCGCCGUGCUCAUGUAAAUCAGCUAAUACAUGAGCAACGGCGGAGUGAUCCCAAUGUUGAGUGGAGUUGUGUCUAUGCGAAGGAGCGCGACAGGCCCGCCAAGGCCCGCAACGCUCAUCGCAAUGAUUAUGAAACUGUCUCGAUGGACAUCAUCCUCAUGAAAAGGCCCAUGAGGACGAAAUCUUACCCUAGGACCCCUAUGGGCGAUUUGGUGGAUCUUGGGAUUCCACUUCGUUUAGAUGGAGACGAGCUCCUAGAGACGCCCAGGCGCCUUGAAUUAGUCUCACAGGAGCGACCCCUGGAGCUGUCCGGUCCUCAGUUCGUGCCCUCCAACAUGUGGCAGCAGAAGGACCGGCCGGCAUGCUCGGUGCCAAGUGUGAUGCCGGGCCAUGUUGCUCAAGAACCAAUUCCUCAUUCUGUGUCGGUCACUACUCCAUUUACCAGGCUGGACCUGAGCCAGUCUUCGGCCCCUGAAACCUUUGGUGGAAAUGCCAGAUUUUUACAUGAGAAUGCAUGCGAUGGGCAAACCAAUGUCGAUAAGGAUGGGGGCUGGUCAUCUGAAGCUUCCAGUGGGGAGGAUGAUGACUUCAUGAUCUUUGAUCAGUCUCAGUCCGAUGCCAGCUCUGCGAUUGAGCACACAGAGAACAUGGAUUGCGAUUGUCCAGAGCCUCUAACUCCCCAAGAGACUACAUACCAGUCCCGGUCUCGUAGCCCAGCUCAUCGUGACGCCAAUCAUGGCUCUCACUACCGCAAGAAGUCGCGAGGUCGUCAUAUGGAGAGGAAGGAGAGAUACUACGCUUGGAGGCAUUAUCACAUUGACAUGAAAGGUGUCAAGAACAUUCUGCCUGUCAUGCGUGCACGGGGCCCUCCAGCAGGAAAUGCAGAUCCCAAGCUUUGGGACAAAAGGUAUCGGAUUCAACGCAUGGACGAUGAAGAGGUGCGCAGUCGACUUAUUGAUUGCGAAGCAAGAAUUGAACAAUGGGAAAGGGCCUUUGAGCAUCAAACACGACUGCUACAGCAGAAUAUUGAAGAAUUACGCCAGUUGAAGCGGUCUCGAUCUUUCUGGGACUUCGCUCAGGUGCCCACGCAUUGUGGAUGUGAUUUCCCCAAGGAUGGACAUGAUGAGUAG